CUACGGAACAGAGUCCACGCCCCUCCCCGCCGAACAUAUGCGCCAAUUAGAUUACGCGUCCGGCGCGUGCAGUUGUAACCUUCGCCACCCCCUUUCUUCUCACCCUCCGCUAUACAAAUAUUAAAUCAAUCUGUAACCAACCAAGAAACUUCAUCACAGCCACCAGACCUUCACAUCUCAGUCCUCAUCCUUAGUGCUUCCUGGGUAUUUCACCCGUGAUCGCAUCGCAUCAUCGGUGAUCGGAUCGCUACAUAGGCAGUUCGGUCAUAGCAUUACCAGUGUUACUUCCAUAGAUUUUUGCGUGAAGAGGGAGGGAUGGUGAGGGCGAGCAACAACCUGGUGGGGUUACUCAACCUCGUAACGUUCCUCCUCUCAAUCCCGAUCCUCGGGGCCGGGAUAUGGCUCGCGCAGAAGGCCAGCAACGACUGCGAGAGGUACCUGGAGAAGCCUGUCAUCGUGAUCGGGGUCUUCCUCAUGCUGGUCUCCCUCGCAGGGCUCAUCGGGUCCUGCUGCCGCGUCUCAUGGCUCCUCUGGAUCUACCUCCUCGUCAUGUUCCUACUCAUCGUCAUCCUCUUCUGCUUCACGAUCUUCGCCUUCGUCGUGACCAACAAAGGGGCCGGGGAGGCCUUAUCGGGAAAAGGGUACAAGGAAUACAGGUUAGGGGAUUACUCGAAUUGGUUGCAAAAGAGAGUGAACAACACGAAGAACUGGAACAAGAUUAAGAGCUGCUUGAUCGAGAGCAAGGUCUGCUCUAGCUUCUCCGACAAGUACCUCAAUGACACCGUCGAAAGGUUCUACUCCGAGCAUUUGUCCUCACUUCAGUCAGGCUGCUGUAAGCCAUCGAAUGACUGUAAUUUCACAUAUGUGAGCCCGACAGUGUGGAACAAGCCCGCUGAUGGGGUCUACACUAACCCAGACUGCAGCUCCUGGGACAACAGCUCGAGUGUCUUGUGCUAUGACUGCCAUUCCUGCAAGGCUGGCCUCCUUGACAACAUCAAGAGCGACUGGAAGAAAGUCGCCAUUGUCAACAUCGUAUUCCUCAUAUUCCUCAUCAUUGUCUACUCUAUCGGAUGCUGCGCGUUCAGAAACAACAGGCACGACAACUCCUACGGUUAUGGGGGAGGAUGGAAGAGGUAGAUACGCCUGUUGGGACAGACCAAAUCAUGAGAACCGGUUCGGUUUCAUGCUCUUGCUUUAGAAUUGACCCUAUCGGUAUCGGAUUAUUAUGUUUCUUGUACAGCACCUUGACCUCGUCUUGGAUUUUCUGCCGUACUAUGACGCAUUGGUAUUUAAUUAAAGUUGCUGCAUUUCAUACA